UCCCAAUUCACAACUCGCUGCUCGAGCACAGCUUCCAGCCUUCUACACACAGAGCUAAGCAUCUGCUUGCUAUCAUCUCGUCUCGUCUCCUCUCCGAAUCGUCAUCAACAGCUACCAGAUGGCUCGCUUCGCCGUGGUCGCCGCCAUCAUCGCCCUCCUCGCCGUCGCCACCGCCGCGCAGGGCCCCAUGCCGGCGCCCAGGAUGGCCCCGCUACCGGCGCCUCCGGCGAGGUCCCCGGCCACCGCCCCUGCGCCGCUCGCCACCCCGCCCACCGCCGCGUCGCCGUCCCCGAUGGCCUCUCCCCCGGCCCCUUCCACCGACGCUCCCUCUGCGAUGACACCCUCCGCGGUCUCCGCCACACCCACCGGCGCCCCCACCGGCACUCCCGCAAGCUCUGCAGUGUACUCGUCCGCCGCCAGCUUCGUUGCAGUCGCCGGAGCGGUCGCCGUAGCCGUCAUGUUCUAGAUGGAGGGACGACUCUGCUUCGUCUUGUCUCAAAAAACGUCUUACAUUAUGAGACGGAGAGUGUCAAAAAACGUCUUAUAUUAUGAGACGGAGGGAGUACAAUUUAGAUUGUUUCCGCGAUUCUUUAUUAGAGACCCAUGAAGAUUACACGACAUUGCGAUGUAAUCUUGUUACACAUGCAUGAGAUUAUUAUGAAUAUACAAAUUCUUUCAUUUGUUUUCUUCC